AUGUACUCCAAAAUCUUGUCAGUUUUGGCUAUUGCUGCCGUAGCACAAGCUGGUGUUUUAGACUAUUCGCAUGGCCAUGCCACUUCAUACGCUUCUUCAAACUUAGGUCUUGGACACGAACAUGUUGUACCAGUGGUUGCCCAUGGAUACAAUGCACCAGUCCUUUCACAUGGAAACUCUGCACAUCAUGAUGUAGAUUACUAUGCUCACCCCAAAUACGAAUUCAACUAUGGAGUUCAAGACGGCCACACUGGUGACCAUAAAACUCAACACGAAGUCCGCGAUGGUGACUUAGUUAAAGGUUCCUACACCGUAGCUGAACCCGAUGGUACGCUCCGAACUGUCCACUACACUGCCGAUGACCACAACGGUUUCAACGCAGUUGUCGAAAAAUCUGGACAUCCCGUGCAUCCUGCUCCUGUCCAUGGAAAAGUUCUUGUAGCAGCACCUGCAUAUUAUCACUAA